AUGACCAGCGGUGGCAACAAGCGGAAGCUGAGCGCCGGCACUGCCUUGCUUGGAGAGCCCACGGUCAUCCUCCUGGACGAGCCGUCCACUGGCAUGGACCCCGUGGCCCGGAGCCUGCUCUGGGGCACCGUCGCGAGGGCCUGCAAGUCUGGCAAGGCCACUGUCAUCACCUCUCACAGCAUGUAGAACUGUGAGGCCUUGUGCACCUGGCUGGCCAUCAUGGUGCAGCAUCAUUUCAAGUGCCUGGGCAGCCCACAGCACCUCAAGAGCAAGUUUGGCAGUGGCUACUCCUUACGGGCCAAGAUCUGGAGCGACAGGCAGCAGGAGGCCCUGGAAGAGUUCAAGGCAUUCAUGGACCUGACCUUCCCAGGUGUUUGGCAUUUUGGAGCAAGCCAAGAAAAAGUACAUGUUGGAAGACUACUCAGUCAACCAGAUCUCUCUGGAGGACAUCUUCCUGAGCUUCAUCUGCCCUGUGCCCCCCAACCAAGGGGAAAACAAACAAGCGAAGGCAGAACCAGCAGGCCCCGUUACCCUUUCCACCUCCCUCUCCACCUUCUUCCCAGCCUCCCUCCCUGCCUCCCUCCCAACCUCCCUCCCAGCCUCCCUCUCCACUUCUCACUCCACCUCCCACUCCAUCUUCCUCCCACCCUUUCUCCCAGCUUUCCUCCCAGCCUCCCUCCUGGCCUCCCACUCCACCUCCCUUCAGGUCUUCCUCCUGGUCUUCCUCCUGGCCUCCCUCACAGCCUCCCUCACCACUUCCCUCAAAGGCUGUCUUGCUGUAAUAAAGAGUUCCCAGUGCCAGGUUAGCCCAGGUGCACACAGCCUGCCAUGGGCUGCAAGGGUUACAGAGGCAACUUGAG